AUGGACGAGAUAAGGCAUAUAAAACCUGACCUUGCAACGUACCUGGAGGAGGCUGGCAUUCAGUUGUGGUCAAGAGUUCACUUUCCAGGUGAUAGAUACAAUAUAAAGACGAGCAACAUCGCAGAGUCUAUCAACUCUGCUCUCAAACGGGCACGGGGAUUUCCCAUAGUAUUCCUGUUGGAGUACUUACGGGCGAAGCUAACAAAGUGGUUUUGUAAAAGGCGGGAAGAUGCUUUGAGUCUUCCAACCAACCAUACUCGAGGAGUUGAAUAUUUGUUGGCAAUUCGUUCACAUUAUGCUGAUAAGUUGACGGUUGAAGGCAUAGAUGGUUGGCGAUUCAAUGUGAAAGGAGGAUCACAUAACUGUGUCGUUGAUUUGGAACUUCGAAAGUGUGGGUGUGGCGUGUAUGAUAUUGAGAAAAUAUCUUUCUCUCAUGUUAUAGCCGUUUCAGAUGCAAUGCAUAUGCAUAUGGCCACUCUUGUAUGCCCGACAUACUCCAAAGAUUACUUGUAUGCAGCGUACUCGCAUAAUAUAUAUCCUCCAAGCAUUGCAAUGAAAACCGAUGAAACAACACAAUGUCUACCUCAGGAGGUCCGACGUAAAAAAGGCAGGUAG